UUCUUAACCAUCGGUAGUGGGUGAUUUUUAUUAAGUUAUUUCAUCUUCUCACUAAUGAUUACAUCUAAACCAGUGACUGGUUGUUGUCGUUUCUGGUGCUCUGUUGUCGAUCACCAGUUUUUAGAUUUAAUGUGAAUAUGUGUUAUUGAUGACCGACGUUUCUGUCGUGUUGGGUGGCCCGCGUGUAUCGUCUUCUAUGCUAAAUGAACGCGUUUGUUAAUAAUAUAUACAUUAUUGGUACUUCUUCAGGUCAAACGAACCAAUACUAUAUUAUACGAGUGUUUGGUAUUUACUACUGUGCAGUUCAAUCACUAUAAUAGUUGAAUUAAAUCGUUGAUGCUUUUCAAUGAAACACCUUGUCAACAUCCAAUAAUAAUCAUCAAAGAUAUGUCAUAUAAUCAUUUGAAAACAUUAAUAGAGUUUAUGUACUAUGGUGAAGUUAACAUUUCUCAAGAUCAACUCCCAAUUAUUUUAAAAGCAGCGGAAAGCUUACAAAUAAAAGGGUUGACUGAGAAAACUAUGUUUCCCUUUGCUACAACUCGGCAUGCAGAAACUGAAUAUAGUUUAUUGUCACCUUCAGCAAAACGAAAAAAAAUGCAUCUCAUGAAAACAUCCAGUGAUAAAUCUGAACACAAUAGCUCUAUUGAAGAUAUUUCAGUGACCGAACAAGAUAAUAUGUCAACUAGAUCUCAACCUACAUCACAAGGACAAGAAACAUCAAAACCUAUUAGUGUAAGCAAACAAUCAUCUACAGAUAACCAUACAACAAUUGUUCAUCACAAACCUGAAGUUAAUAAACGAAUUAGGACUCUAGUACGUCAACCCCAUAUAAAAAUCAAUGAUAGUGACAUGAGUACAGAUACAUCAAUGGUUAAAAACGAAACAAGUGAUGAAUCUGAACCUGUUAUCCGGGUGCUCGAGAGGCAAUGUUCGGAACCAAAUCCAUCAUCAACCAACACACUAGCUGUUCCUAAACCAACCAUAGUCAAACAAAUUUCUCAGCCUUCUGAACCCAGUUCAACAGCUAGAGCCUUCUACAAUGACGAACUUCCCACUAGUGUUUCCCAGGUAAACACAAAUGAAUCUUAUAAUGGAUCAACUCGAUCUGACCAUUGUCCAUUGUUGCGUUCUGGACCAGCACUUGGAUGCAGUUUCUGUUGGAAUACAAUAGACACCCGUGGAAGGUUCUUGAGACGUAAAACUAAAUAUCACUGCCCUGAAUGCAAUAUAAACCUUUGUUUGGUUCCUUGUUUUCAGGAAUUUCACGAAAAACAAAUUCAAACAAAAUCUACUGAUAUUCCUACAACAGAUCAGCCUCGAAAUCAAAAGGUGACAGAAGACACAACAGUAUAAUUGUCUUCAGUGUUUUCAAUUUGUUAUAACUUAAAAUAUUUAACAAAGCGUUACCAUUUGUUACUACUUAAGAAAUUGUUCUGAUUUUAUUUUAGUCUAGAACAAAAUUAUACAUAGUUAUAUAUUAUUAUAAAUAUAUAUAUUUAUAUUUUU